AUCGGGUAAAAAGGCUUCUAUUUGCAAUGGCUUUUUUUCAGAAGGCGCGAACGAGUAGUUCAUCUUCAGCUGACAGUUUCUUAUGCCCAGUCUGCAAUGAGGAAUAUCAAGAUGAACCCAAACAACUUCCUUGCUUGCACACGAUCUGUCAAGAUUGUCUGUGCGAUGCUGCGACCGGGAAAAAUGCUCUCAAGAUUUACUGUCCCAUUGACGGCCAAGAAUUACCUCUUCCGAUGGGAGGAAUCAAAAUGUUGCCGACAGAUUUUCGUGUUUUGCGGCUCGUAGAGGCUCAUCGCGGCCAGAACAAGACGAGGAGCGAGCGAAAGCCAAGGGAGCCGAGAAAAGAAAAACCCGAGAAGGCCGAGCGCAAAAAGACGCGGAAUACUGACGAAGAUUCGGGCCCACCUUUGCAAGAGCAAGAGGAAAGAAUGAAAAAACAGCUUUCAGAGAUGAUGGCAAAGCUAAGAAGUUUGCUGGAUGAAAAGGAAAAGGCGCUUUAUAAACAGAUCGACGACGCAAUGGCUAGAGAGAAAAGAAGCUUGUCUAUGAAUGGGGCAGAGGGCGAACAGAAGAAGAGAGCCAUUUUUCUUCUUGAUCUUACGCCCAGUCGGAAAAUUUUGCAGAGCAUCAAAGAAGAAGGUUUAGCGGCCAUUCAAGGCAAUCGCAAGGCCCCCACCCUUCUUAGUGAGCUUAACACGGCCGGUAUCACCCCGUCUGGCAACAAAACAGCCACUCCUGACGCGAACUACCGCGAGGCAGCUGAGGUGAUUCGAGCCUUGAAUGUACCUCUUCAAUUUAAGAGCAUGUUCAAUCCUGGCGCUGUAGCUGUUGGCAAGAACGGACAUAUUGCUGUCACAGACUACGGUAACGAGUGCGUGUGGCUUUUCAAUCCGGAGGGGUCGUUUCUGUGUCAGAUUGGCGAGGAUGGCGAGGGGUCCAUGGAAUGUCCCGAUGGAGUCUUCUUCUUUCCCGACAACAACAUCAUCGUAUCCGAUGGGCCUUUUGAGGGACCUCAAAGCAUCCAGAUGUUUGACAUCACCGGCCGAUUCAUCCGCUCUCUUGUGGAGGUUGAUGAUGAUGAAGACAUCAGCUUCAGCAACAUAUCCGUGGAUGAUAAUCUACGCAUCUUGGUGACGUGCAAUGGAACCCGCCCUUGCAUUCAAGUCUACAAUGCGGAUGACAAAGAGGAAUACAGUCUUGAAAUGGAGCUUGGUGGAGAACAUCUUGCCAGUCCAGGGAAGGCAAUUUUCUUUGAUGGGAAAUUCUACGUUAUUGACUCCGAUGGCUCUAAAAACAAAACCGCGAUCAAGGUGUUCGACGAAAAAGGCUCCUUAUUGCAGACCUUCGAUGAGGACAAGCAUAAUUUGGGCCAACGAGACAACAUGGGAAUUGAUAUCACGUAUCCAAUCAGGCUCGCUCUUGACAAGUCAAACAACACUCUGUUGGCUUACCACGGGAUCCCGCGCGAGAUUCGCAUUCUUCGCCCCGACGGAACUCAAGUAUCGUCAAUUAAAACAGUUUCAGGUGCGCGUGACAUUGCGUUGACAAUCGACAAGAAGAUCGUGGCGACAUGUGGAGAGGAUAGCUUUUUGUCGAGAAGUGUGCAGAUGCUUAAAUUUAACAAUAAUUAAAUUUAGCCUUUAGAACUUAAAAUUUUAUGGAAAUGCGUGACUGAGACUGCGUGACCUAAAGGUUUUGUGACUCCUGGGUAUGUAAUUAGUAAGAGUGACCCUCUUUUGUUCGUAUGUUUCACCAGCUUAACGUGAACUUUCAUGAAUUUUUGGACUUCUGCCAAAAUAUCCCUGAGACACUUCUAGCAACUGUUUAUGUGUAGAACACAAGUUGUUCUUCCUUUUCGGCGAAGUCCGUUGCGCAAGUCGAAAAAACAAAUCAGUGAAAUAAAGAAUCGAUGUUACCACACCGCAGAGAACUCUAGGAGUGCGCCUCCCUCCUUGAAUUCGACGGAGUUUUUUACUUUUUUAUUUUUUUGACCCGCACGACGUGAUGUUACGGAAGCUAAAUAAAUUUUAAUAACUAC